GAAAACAAAACUGCAUCAAGGAAGCAACUGCAGACGGCGUGGGAAGGCUUUAGAGCUCAAGGGACCGAUUUUCACUUUUCAAACAGACAGAUUUGUAGCGGAGAUAAAAGAAAUGGCGAAAAUGCGUAUGUAAAACGUAUGAAAUGGGUUAUUCUAAAUGUAAACGAAUCAUUUUUAUUGUAUCAAUGCAUUAUAAGUAUUCAACAAAUGAAUCCAAAUAUUAGCAAUGGCUCUUGUUAGGACUCGUUGAAAUGAUUUACAACACAUUGAUAAAUUAUAACGUUUGAUACGAUUUGAUAACAAUUUAGUAUUUGGUUUAUACACACAAAUGUAAAGCGUUUGGAUGUUAGUUUAGUCCCCUUGAACAACAUGAACGAGUGAAACUAUUAAGAAACAUCGCUGUGAGAGACUGUCGAAGAGUGCCUCGUGGUGCCGCCCACGCGUGACGCACUUCCCAGCAGGUACAUUGCGCAAAUGUGCAGUCGUUAAAAAAAAGGAAAAAAAGAAAGUCAAGAAACAUGGCAAGCUGCUGCUCGGCGGACUUGUCCGCCGUCCCUCUGGUCGCCCUCAAUGUGACCAUCAGGAAGAAACUGAGCCUUUACUUGAACCCCCGCACCGUGGUGGCCGCCGACUGGACGAUGGUGGCCGAGGCCAUGGGCUUCUCUUACCUGGAGAUCAUCAACUACCAGCAGGUCCCCAACCCCACGAAGCGGGUCUUGGAUGACUGGCAGGCGAGCUCGAGCGAAGCCACCGUAGGCAAGUUGUUGUCCAUCUUGGAGGAAGUGGAAAGGAACGACGUCGUGGAGGAUCUUCGUCCUCUAAUGGAGGAGGAUGUGAGAAAGUAUUACGAGAGUUUGAAGAAAAGUGCCGUUCGCCCCCUGCAGGUACCCGAGGUGGACAGCUGCAUCCCUCGUACGCCCCAGGGGUCCGGCCUAACCCUGGAGGAUAAUCUGAAUGGUUCUCCCGAGCUGUUUGACGCUUUCAUUUGUUACUGCAAGACCGACAUCGCGUUCGUGCACGAGAUGAUCCGAGAGCUGGAGCAGACGGACUACCGGCUGAAGCUUUGCGUGUUCGACCGCAACGUCCUGCCCGGAUCGUGCGUGUGGACCAUCACCAGCGAGCUCAUUGAGAAGAGGUGUAAGAGGAUGGUGGUUGUGAUCUCAGAUGAAUACAUUGAAAGUGACGCAUGUGACUUCCAGACUAAGUUUGCGCUCAGCCUAUCUCCUGGAGCUCGGACUAAACGGCUCAUCCCUGUUGUUUACAAGUCGAUGACAAAACAGUUCCCGAGGAUCCUAAGCUUCCUGACCAUUUGCGACUACACAAAUCCGUACACGCAGACCUGGUUUUGGGAACGACUGGCUAAAGCUCUUUCUCUGCCGUAGUUGUGACUGUUAUAAGCAUGUUUUGAGAAGUGGUUUUCUGUAAUUCCAUCAACUAUAAAACUAUCGGGACCCAAAACAAAACUAAAUGUAGUGUAAGUGGUGAAGAAAUUAUGUCAUUCUGAACCAUAACACUUGAGUGACUGGAGUUAAAAACUGUUUUAUGUCAUUUAGAAUGUAUUUUAUGAUUGUCAUGAUGAAAACCACAGUUUACAAAGAUAUUUUUGCAUGUGUUGAAGACUGCAAAGUUCCGUGUUCACUUUUAUCCUUCCUCUUUGAUUCUCAGUUUGAGAUUUCAGCGAAAAGAGAAGUUUAAACGUAUAUGCAGGACUGACUGUCUUUCUCACUUCUUUCUUGUGCCUCACCAUCUCAUGUUCUGGUUAUUCGUGUUUUUGGAUGCUAUUUGAUUUUUUUCAUUAAAUAUUUUACCAUU